AUGCUUGGAAGGGUCAGACUAUCAGCUAACAAGCUGCCAAAAUCUAAAUCACCAGUUAGACAGGCUCAAUACCAUGAUUUGAAUAUCACACCAAAAUCUAAGUCACCGGUACUCAGACUAGGCCCAGGUGGUAGAAGUUCUACUACCGGCCAUGUCGCUACUGUAUUCGGUUGUACAGGAUUUUUGGGUCGUUAUCUCGUGCAGAAGAUUGCUCGCACUGGUGCUCAAGUCGUCGUUCCAUACCGUGAUGAAAUGGAAAAGCGUCACCUUAAAGUUAUGGGCGAUCUUGGUCAAAUUGUACCAAUGGAAUGGGACGCUCGCAGACCGGAUCAAAUCGCUGAAUGCCUUAGACACUCGGAUGUUGUAUAUAACUUAGUUGGACGUGACCAUGAGACUAAGAACUUUAGCUACGAGGAUGUCCACACUAAGGUUGCUAGUGAUAUCGCUUCAAUUGCUACACAAGAGGGUAUUGAGAGACUUAUCCACGUCUCACAUUUCAACGCUGCUCACGAUUCUCCAUCUGCUUUCUAUAGAGCCAAACAAGCAGGUGAAGACCUCGUUAGAGAAAAUUUCGAUGGCGCUACUAUCGUUAGACCAAGCACUAUGUACGGACACGAGGACCGUUUCCUCCAACAAAUGGCUUUCUGGACUAUCGCAUACAAGCUCAACAACGGUCAAACACGUGUUAAGCCAGCCCACGUUUUGGAUGUUGCUGAGGCUCUUCACAAGAUGAUGACAUUGGAUCCAGGUAGCGGUGACACUUACUCACUCCCAGGUCCAAAGGAAUACACCUACAACGAGGCGAUCGAUGUUGUCUCAUCUUUGACACUCAAGGAACACAAGGCACCAAGCGUACCAAAGCCAAUAGCCAAGGCUGUUGCUCAGCUCAUGAAUAGACUGCUCUGGUGGCAAUCAAUAAGCGAGGACGAAGUUGAAAGACGUCAUUUGAACGAUUUAGCCGCUAUUCCAGAAGGACACAAGAGCUGGAAUGAUUUAGAUAUCAUCCCUGAUUACAUGGAGGAUGUUUCUAUUCCAUACGUUAGAAGAUAUCGUACGGCUACAACAUCAAACUUGCCAGUCGAGAGAGGUGGAAAGCCAUACAAGCCACCUGCAUCACAACCACAAACGAAUAUCUAA